AUGUCAAGCAGUAAUCGCCAAGCUAAUUCGUCUCCUGGUGAACGACAACGAGCUAAAAGCCGAUCAUCUUCUCAAUCACAUCGAAGAUCGCCAAAUAAAAGUGCACAAGACGAAGAUAAACUACGUGCAAAAACGUCAUCACAAUCAUCGAAACGAAAUGGAAGAGCAACAAAUUCAACAAAACGUUCCGAGACUUCACCAAGUAAUCGAUCAACAAAUCCAGCAUCACCAACAUCAAAUUCAUCGAAAAAACGUAGAUCUACCGGUAAAACACCAACAUCAUCAUCAUCGAAAUCGAAAUCAAAAUCAAAAUCACCAUCGCCGAAUCGCAAAGGAGGUUUAAAGAGAAAAAAGAGCUCAAUAAGUACUAGUGAUGCAGAGAAUAAACAAGUAUCACAAACGAACGAUGCUGAAAGACAAGAUUUAUCUUUUCGAGGUCUAUCUUCGGUACCAUUAGAAAUCUUGGAACUUGUUACUCUUCGUCGAUUAAUUUUAUCGAAUAAUAAUCUAUCAGGUUUGCCAACAAGUAUACGUUCUCUAGUUAAUCUUGAAUAUCUUGAUUUAUCACGAAAUCCAUUACGUGUAAAAAAUGGUCUCGAUGAUUAUUUUUGUUUACCACGCGAAUUUCGUUAUUUACGAAAUCUUCAGACAUUAAUUAUGGCCGAAUGUACAUUAAAACAUAUUCCUGUUGUUCUCUGGCAUACAGUUAGUAUCGAGACACUCGACAUAAGUCGUAAUAAAGUUGGUUAUAUUGUAAGUGAAAUUGGUAAUUUAACGAAUCUACGACAUCUUCGGCUCUGUCAAAUGGAUCUUGAUACACUUCCGCCUGAAAUUGGUUUUUGCGAAAAACUGCAAACAAUCGACUUAACAAGUAAUCCAAUAGAUAAUCUACCUGAAACACUUGUCGAAUGUCGUCAAUUAUAUGAAUUUAAAAUAAAUUUUCAAACAUUUUAUAAAUUUCUCGAUAAUUAUAUGUUACAAUUAAUUGACGAAGGAAAAAUACAUUCGGAACAUAUCCCACAAGUUAUAUUUGAACUUGAAAGUUUACAAACAUUAGAUUUAAAUCAAACAAAAUUAAAUUCAAUACCAAAAGAACAUGUGCUAGUUAAUCUUCGUGAAUUAUAUUUAUCGAAUAAUUCAUUUUUUCAAAUACCAGAAUCAUUAUGUACAAUGAUACAUUUAAAAAUACUCGAUGUCUCAAAUAAUCGUAUUGAAACUAUACCAGAAUAUUUAUUUCAAUUAGAUCAAUUGGAAACACUUAUUUUAUCAAAUAACUUUCUUACCAGUUUACCAAAUCAUAUUGCUCGUAUAUUAACAUUAAAAAGUUUAAUUGUUAGCCAUAAUCAUAUAAAUUCAAUUGAAGAUGGCUUUUCAAAAAGUCGAUCACUAUUAACACUCGAUAUAUCAUAUAAUAAUCUAGCCACAUUUCCAAAUGAAUUAUGUAAUUUCGAACAAUUAGAAACACUUGAUUUACGAUAUAAUCAAAUAGAUUAUCUUCCAUUGUCGAUUCGUCACAUGACUGGUCUAAAAUCAAUGAAUUUUAUCGAUGAAAGUUUUCAACGUGUUGGUCUUCAUCUAUCAGGUAAUCCAAUACGAGAUCCUCCGAGUUAUGUAUGGAAAUCAAUAUAUAUUCAAACCUUAUUUGACUAUGUUGAAACGAAAGAAAAAAAACUUCUAAAUAAUUUUUAUCAUCUUAAAUUAAUAUUGAUUGGAGAGAAAAAUGUUGGUAAAACAGCUUUAACAAUAAAAAUUCUUAAUAACCAUACAGUCAUUGCUAAUACACGAAAAACUCUCGAUAUGUAUGUAUCAAUUCUUCAAGAAAAUCAAUUAAAAUUAAUUGAACAAGAAGCAGCAACAGCAGCAGCAGAACAACAACAACAGCAAAAACGGCCAAGUGAUGCGGCAUCAUCCGGUAUCACAGAUCAAUGGAUUGAAAAUCGUAUAUCAACUAGCAAUGAUACUACUCUUAGUGUGCGUUCAAAAAUUAAACGAACUGCUCCUCCACCACUUCGAACUUAUCGAUCAAAUGAAUUGAUCAAAAACUUUAUAGAAAAAUCAACAUUGAUUACGAAAAAUAAUUUAUAUUGCACAAUAUUCGAUAUAACAAGUGAACCAAGCUUUGAAAUACUUAAUCCAUUAAUCUAUGACUCAAAUGCUCUAUUUAUUUUACCAGUUAACUUAACUAAUCUUUUAGAUAUUGUUCAGGCAACAAAAAGUUUCGACAACAUGAACGAAAAUGAAAAUUAUAUGUCGAUGAUUGACUAUGAUUCAUUAUUAACACAAGAUUGGUUAGAUGAUAAUAUAUUUCGUUAUAUUGAAUCUAUAUCGGACCAUUGUCAACAAGCAUCAAUUGCAAUUGUUGGAUUAAUUUUCGAUGGUCGAAUAGGGAGAUCAGAUGAUUAUCAACAACAACUUCUAGAUGAAAUUCACUCAAAAGUGAAUAUGUAUUUAACUGAUGAAGAAAAUCAACGGAAAAAUAUUCAUUUAUAUUCAGAAUAUUUUUCUGACGCAAUCUAUUUAGAUAGAGAAGAAACAUCACACCAAGUUAUUGAAAUAUUAGAAAUCAUUGCAGAACAAUGGAAUAUUAAACAUCAUAAACAAAAACGUCAACUUCUUAAACGACGUCUAGGAUUGGUCGAAUCAAAUUCCAUAAUAAUCGAUUAUGAUACUUGUCUAAAUCAAUUUCAACAGCAAACUAUACCACCAUUAUCUGAAAAUGAAAACAGAACACCAGUCGAAGAAGAAAUAAAUCAAAUGACAUUUGAACAAUGUCUUGAUUAUUUAAAAGUUCUAGGUGAUAUUCUUGUUUUUGAACAAAGAUCUUCAAGAACAAUUAUUGUCAAACCUUAUCAUUUAUUAAAUAAUAUUUUAUCUCGUUCCCUAUUUCGUCCUUAUAUGAAUGAAUGGUUAAAUUACGAUGAUAAUAUGAUAUUUCAUUUUUCUGGUUAUUAUCCAACACAAGAAUUAUUUAAUAUUGAUCGACAACGUCUGUUAACACGUGGAGAAUAUACAUGGAAUAUGCUUAAUUGUCUAUUUUUUGCACAGAAUAAUAAUAAUAUAUGUGUUAUAGAAGAAAAUAUUAUUGAUAUUUGUCGUUUAAUGGAACAUUUAUAUCUCGGCUAUUUAAAUGAGUCAAACCCGAAUUAUCGGGAAUUUUCAACAUUUUAUUUUGUUUGUCCGUGGUUAAUGAAUGAAACGUCCAUUGAUAUUAAUCAUAAAGAAUAUUUUAAAAUACUUGAACAAAAACGUUCGCAUGAGCGUCUUAAACGUGAACAAAGAAGAAGAUUUAAACAACAGCAAAUAUGGCUUGCAAUGGAUCACGGUCAAGAAACUAUCCUGAAUAAAAGUUUUCUAGAAGAAAUCGCAUUAAACUAUACACAAGAACAUAUACCAGCAUGGGACCAAAUCGAAAUAAUUGAUUCUCAUAUAGUUAAACAAGGUUCACUUCAAAAAAUUAAAAUCAUCAAUGGAAAUUCAUAUUUUCUACCAGAUGGACUCUAUGAAAGAUUAUUAAUUUGUUUACAUUCAUUAUUUUAUGAACGACUUGAUUAUUAUAAUAUUACUUUAGGAAGAACUAAAGAUAAAAGUUUAAUUAAAGUCGAACGUUUUGACGCUCAAGAUCAAAUCUAUAUUACAAUGAACCAUAGUUUACUAGAACAUAUACAAAACAGUCUCAAACGUAAUCUUUUCUCAUUCUACCCUACAGUUAAUCUCCGAAUAGAAACAUAG